UGCCUGUUAUCAGGGAGGUUCUGACCUGAGGAGCGCUCAUUUUAUUUGUCUAACAGGCGCAUGGGAAGCAUCACAUCAAGCCCUCCCUAGAGACCUGUGCGGCCUUUCUGCAGGGGGCAAUGAUCUGCUAUUAACAGCUAAAGAAUGGACACUAACGAGGUGGCUGAACUUCUCCUCCCGGUGUGAACCUUUACAUCGCUCCAUAAUGACAACACAAAGAGCAAGUGAUGCAGAAAUGUAACAACACUUGUUAAAGAGGCUUCAGAGCACUGACAGCUCCAGGUUAGCCCGUGCGUGGGGGCUCCAAUACGGACGAGGAAACCCCGAGGAUCAGGGCCUCCUGUCCGGAUGACACCAGCAGGAGCCAGCAGCCACAAUGCCCUCCUGAGCUAGCACUCGCUAAGCUAACUAAUGUCUUCCCCGAAUUCGACUUCAUUGUAAAUGGAUAACUUUUUAUCAACAACUACAUCUGAAGUGGUUUGGACUGGGAGUUGUUGAAGAGGUCGCUGUCACCGUAUGGACGGACGACACCCUUUACAGGAGCACAUGAUGGAAGGACUUCACAGCCAGGCUAUAAGCCUGGACCCACGCAGACAGGAGCUGCUUGAAGCUCGCUUCACUGGAGUUGGUGUUACCAAGAGUUCAGCCAACAGUGAAUCAUCCAACCAGUCUCUGUGCAGCGCUGGAUCACUCAGUGACAAAGAACUGGAGACACCAGAGAAAAAGGGCAAUGAGCAGAGAAGCAGGAAAAGAAAAGGAGACAUUUAUGACAGCAACAGCCAGGGAAAACUGAGAGGGCACAAAAUAAGUGAUUAUUUUGAGUUUCAGCAGAGUAGUCCUUCGUCCACAGGCUCAGCCCACACAGACUCUUCCUCCUGCUGUUCUGUCAAGGCAGCCCCCACACACUCCUGCUCCCAUAAGGCCACCCAGUCAGAAUUGACAUUGCUGAAGCUGAAAGCUCUGGAGAAGGACAAGAACUCUGACUUGGAGAAGAAGGAGGGGAGGAUAGACGACCUGCUGAGAGCAAACUGCGACUUGAGGCGACAGGUGGACGAGCAGCAGAAGAUGCUGGAGCGCUACAAAGAACGGCUCAAUAAGUGUGUGACAAUGAGCAAGAAGCUACUGACUGAGAAGUCAAAGCAGGAGAAGAGAGCCUGCAGGGACAAGAGCAUGCAGGACCGUCUGCGUCUUGGCCACUUCACCACUGUUCGGCAUGGAGCCUCCUUCAACGAGCAGUGGACAGAUGGAUUUGCCUUCCAGAACCUCAUCAAGCAGCAGGAGAGAAUCAACUCACAGCGGGAGGACAUGGAGAGGCAGAGGAAGCUGCUCGGGAAGAGGAAACCUCCAUCCAUGGCCUCCACGCCUCCGCCCAGCCUGGAACAGAACAAGAGAAAGAGCCGGAGUAAUGGCCAGGAGAAUGAAGCGUUGUCACUGGCAGAAUAUCAUGAGCAAGAGGAGAUUUUCAAACUUCGAAUUGGUCAUCUAAAAAAGGAAGAAGCAGAGAUCCAAUCAGAGCUGGAGCAUUUGGAGCGAGUCAGAAACAUGCACAUCCGGGAGCUGAAAAGAAUCCAUAAUGAAGACACCUCACAAUUCAAAGACCAUCCCACACUGAAUGAGAGAUACCUGCUGUUAUAUUUACUAGGACGAGGCGGCUUUAGUGAAGUUUUCAAGGCUUUUGAUGUGACCGAGCAGAGAUAUGUGGCCAUCAAAAUCCAUCAACUGAACAAAAACUGGAGGGAGGAGAAAAAACAAAACUACCACAAACAUGCCUGUAGAGAAUAUAGAAUCCACAAAGAACUUGACCAUCCGAGAAUAGUCAAACUGUACGACUAUUUCUCACUCGAGACAGACUCGUUCUGCACAGUGCUGGAGUACUGUGAAGGCAACGAUCUGGACUUCUACUUAAAGCAGAACAAGCUGAUGACCGAGAAGGAGGGUCGCUCUAUAGUCAUGCAGAUUGUCAACGCCCUCAAGUACCUCAACCAUAUCCGUCCCCCCAUCAUCCACUACGACCUCAAACCAGGAAACAUCCUGUUGGUUAACGGCACAGCCUGUGGAGAGAUUAAGAUCACUGACUUUGGCCUGUCUAAGAUCAUGGAUGAUGACAGCUACAGCUCUGCAGAUGGCAUAGAGCUGACGUCACAAGGAGCAGGGACCUACUGGUAUCUUCCCCCUGAGUGCUUUGUGGUGGGUAAGGAGCCGCCUAAAAUAUCCAACAAGGUGGAUGUUUGGUCCGUAGGAGUCAUCUUCUACCAGUGUUUGUAUGGACGCAAGCCGUUUGGUCACAAUCAGUCGCAGCAGGAUAUCCUUCAAGAAAACACCAUAUUAAAAGCUACUGAUGUGCAGUUUCCCCCUAAACCUGUGGUCACCACAGAAGCAAAGGCCUUCAUUCGACGCUGCCUGGCUUACCACAAGGAGGACCGUGUUGACGUGCUGCAGUUAGCCAGUGACCCCUUCCUUAUGCCACAUAUUCGUAAAGCACUGGGCAGCAGCACUCAGCUGGCACCUCCUCUCCCCUCCACCUCCAGCGUCUACAGCAGCAGUGCCUCUGACUGAAGCAAUCUUAAAAAAAAACAAAAAAACACUAAAAUACAAAUACCCAGUGAGGACAAAGCCACACGGAGACAUUACACACUUGAUGGAACUCCUCCUUUGCUCCCUCAAUGAAAGAGCAGAGAGCACUAAAGGAUGUAGGAUCCUGUAAGUGUGAAUGGAACCAAAAAUGAUGGGUGCAGUGGUGAUGUAGUGAACAAGACCCGCCUCCAUCAUCCAAGUGGUGAGAAUGAAAGGCCAGUCUGUGGCUGUGGGCUCAGUAGAACCCAAAGAUGUGCCCAUAUGCAUGCACUAACAUAAAAAGUAAAAGCACCUGAAAAAUUGCACAAAUGUCGGGCUUAUAAGUCACCAAGUGGAAGAUAUCUGCCUGUACUCUGAAAGAGGCGGAGAAGAAGAAGACGUGUUAAUGAAAUGUCAUCGCAUCCUGCUUGAGAUCAAUCAUCCUUCCAACUAUUUUUCAUAACUGAAGUGGUCACUUUGAAAUGUUUCUCCCCAUACGUUAGGUAGGGCUGGUUAAAGUAAUAAGGAAAGAUGUGAUGACCAAAGUUCAAGGCCGGCCUUGUCUACAUGAAACUAUUUAAUGGUUCAUAAAUGACUUGAAACAGAAGAGAGAGCUGAUUCUGACGAGAGUUCCAGCUUUUGACCUAUUUUAAAGAUUUUACUGGAAAACUGGAGGUCAGCUUAUUAUUUUAAUUGUUGAGUCCAUAUUUUUCCAUGAAAUUUAAUCCCUAUAAUGUUUUUAACAUUAAAAGAGGGGGAUGGCUAUGAGUGAGUGUUGUGACGAGAUUGAAACUGAAAUAAUAAUGAAAUCAUUAAAAAAAAAAAUUUGGUUAACGAU